GACGAGGACGAGGAGGACGCCGAGCCCGCUGUCAGCGUCCGUUCAACGCGAUCGAUUUGGUCGUCUCCUUCCGCUUUAUUACCACCACCGCCUUCGAUCUUCUUCUCCGCCAGAGGACGAGGGCGGAUAACCAAAGCGGAGGACGACUACAAGCGCGGGAGGAUGCAGAUAUUCGUGAAAACCCUAACGGGGAAGACGAUCACCCUCGAGGUCGAGAGCAGCGACACCAUCGACAACGUCAAAGCCAAGAUCCAGGACAAGGAGGGGAUACCUCCAGACCAGCAAAGGUUGAUUUUUGCGGGAAAGCAAUUGGAAGAUGGCCGCACCUUGGCUGAUUACAACAUUCAGAAGGAGUCGACUCUUCACCUUGUCUUGAGGCUCAGGGGCGGAAUGAUGAUCAAGGUGAAGACGCUUACUGGGAAGGAAAUCGAGAUCGACAUUGAGCCCACUGACACCAUCGACAGGAUCAAGGAAAGGGUAGAGGAGAAAGAGGGGAUUCCACCUGUGCAGCAAAGGCUCAUCUAUGCUGGUAAGCAGCUAGCUGAUGAUAAGACGGCGAAGGAGUACAACAUCGAGGGUGGUUCUGUCCUCCAUCUUGUGCUUGCCCUGCGGGGUGGCUGGCACAGAGGUUUGUAGGUAUCUUUGGUGGUUCUACCGGUCCAUAUGUGCUAUGCAACCCUCAGAGAAAAUGGAAAAUUCAAAGUUGGAUGUUGUUUGGAAGUAAUUAGCGAAGUAAGUUGGGUCUGGUUAGGCCUUUAACUAGUUUUCCUCGAAAAUAAGAUUAUUGUUCUCAGGAGCAUGAAAUAUUCGGCAAAGUUUGAACUGCUGGUGUGUGUGUGUGUUUAUUCACAUAUUGGCAUUGCCUAUGAAUAUCCAAAAAUGUGCUUUUGAGGUUCA